AUGAAUGUCUCGUGCAGCGACUACCGCCAGUUUUGGAUUCAUGCAGAAACCAUUGCAGCGAUCUAUAUUGCUUUGUCCGUGACCUCGCUGGUCGUUAACAUCUGCCUUCUAGUGACAGGCUUUAGACUGACCAAAGUGCGCCAAUCUCCGAAAUAUUGGCUGGUGUUUGCUAUCUCCCUCGUGUUUAUCUGUCAGUCGACAUUUGUAAACAACACUUUAUCCACAAGAUGGCUGCUGAGUGCGACAGUAACACAUUUUCUGUGGAAAAUUUGCAUAAUCUUUAAUAGAUACAUCGCUAUGGGGCUCAUCUGCUGGGGAAGCUUCCUUAUCAACAUCGAUUUCCUUCUGUGUAUCAAAUCUGUGAGAUACACCAGAGACUAUCGAGGCAAAUCCGUCCUGCUUCUCAUGAUACUCAUCUGGACUUCCAUAACGACAGCCGUCUUCACGAUUUGCUUUAUCAGGGACUCCAAUGAAACUGAAGAUAUUGUUUUCCCAGCAACAGAAUACCACCAGGCCUUGCUGACUGUUACCGUCUUCACUCCACAGAUCUUGAACAUUCUGUGUUGCUCUCUUGCCCUGGUCCUGCGAUGCAGCAACAAGCUUCAGAAAUUUGUUACUUUAAACGAUGACGUUUCUGACCCCACAGACUCUGGUGAUUGCCCCUAUCUUCCACCCUUAGAUCACGUGACGUUUGCUUUGCUACUGAUCAUUUUCUACACGCCAAAAGCCAUUGUGACCUUUGACCCCAUAUGGGCCGAUGAAUGCAGUGAGGUCCGGACAUUUUUGAUUGUUAGUACUCUACUACGUGACAACGCCGGAAGUGUUGCUCCCUUAGUCUGGUUCUUGUUCAGAGAUAUUCGACGUUCCUUCCUAAAGUGCCUCAUCAGAAGGCGGGGAAUGUCCACAUCUUCGUUGCUGGAUUCGUCAGAGAUGAAUAUUUAUGACAAUUAUCCAUAUUGUCAAAGAAUUCAAGCUUAA